AUGGCCACUAAGCUAAACUGCACGGAGAAACAAACGCUCACGAAUAAGAGAUUGAUCAGCGCAUACAACCAAAGAUUUGAAAUCAAGGAGGAAAUGGAUGCAAUAAAGAAAAUCGAAUUUGGUGAACAGACAAGAAGAUAUCGUCAACUGGUCGUACAGCUCACUUACAUUGACAACAUAAUUGCGGUUGGAGAAUCCGAGUACACCAAACAACGCUUGCAAACCGUUGGAAAACUUUACUGUGUACUCAGAACUCAUCAAAUUCCCAAUUAA